AUGUCCGCAGCGUCGUCAAAUGGCGGUAGUGUCUCGCCCCGUCAGGCGCCCACCCCCAAGAACGUCGCAUUUGAGCUGCUGUUCCUUGAAUCGCCUCAAUACCGUGCGCGCUUGCCCAUGCGAGUGCAAAUUUAUCCUCAUGACACCACGGACUCGAUUGUUACAACCGUCAAGAACUUCUACGGCUUGUAUUCGGGUCCGACCGGGUCAAAAGGCGUCAGCUUUGAGGACGAACUCGGCAACACCCUGAUUGCGCGAUAUGAAAAUUUCCGCAACAACAUGAUUGUGUAUGUUCGAGUGAUUGAAGAAGCGCCCAUGGCUGCUCUGGAAUCACAUCACUAUCGAAGCCUUCAUAUGGGCGCCGAUUCCUACUAUGGGGGUGAAGGAUAUGCUCUCCCUCAGCGCUUCGGCCCUGAGAUGGCCCAGUCACCUCAAAGACGGAGUCCCUCGCCUUAUGCGUCGCGGGGACGAAGAAGUGACUCUACCAGCACCAAGGGUCGCUCUCGGUCUACCAAGAGCCGGGCCCUUCACAAUCAUGCCGAUGCCUACGCUGACAGCACGAACGGCUACAGCAGCGGUGAUGGCGGCGCCCCAAGCACUACGUCCGCCAGGACCAAGGAGCAGCUUGGGACAACCGACAUUAGUGUUGAGAACAUUGUCGAGGGUGGCCGACGAAAGAGGGCCAAAUUCGAGAGCUCUGAACUGCCAUUAUUCGCACCGCCUCAGAUGCCCGCCGCUACUUCGAACCCAUCCGUAUCGCCCGCCCGUCGAGCCGAUCAUCACAGACACUCUAUCUCUUAUAUACAAACUGGCCAGAACCCGUUUAUAAACCCACGCCCGCUUCACUCUCCGCAAAGUUAUGGUAGUGGGCAUGGGCAGAUGAACAUGUACUCUACCCCUGUUGCCAGCGACCGCCGCGGUCGGGGUAGCAUCUCCUAUGGCAGCCACGGCAUGGCUCAUGGCAUGGGCAUCCUCCCAACUCCCGACCCCACUGUCGGAAGCUGCAUGUCAGAAGAAGACAAGGAUGUCGCCAUUCAGCUCAUGCGACUGGGUGAGAUGUCCAACAUUUCUCACGGUCGGACAUCCGCAUCAACUUUGGACGAUACAUUUAGCGGUCGAGCGGACGCCGCAUCCUCCACUGGCGCCACUAGUGAAGGCGAAAGCGACAGUGACGUUGAGCUCCCGCUAUCUCGCCGCCAAAAGCCGAAUUCGAAUGGAAUAUCCAAGCAGAUCUACCAGACUACCGAAUCGCACUUCAUGCCGCCCAUUGAUAGUGCCGAAGCUAGCGGUGAAGACGCCGACUACGAGGAUGGUUCAGACAUUCGGGCCAAGCCGGCUCAAAACAAGUCGACAAAGAACAAGUCGACUCCGACUACCGCACCCAAGGCGGUGUCUUCAAAAGUCAAAGCACCACGUGCUAUCAAUGGCAACAAGACCAAGAAGCCGGUCGUUGUCCCCGUGUCUAACGGCCCCAUCUCCCCGGCAGCUUCCAGCACUCAUUCCAGGAAGCAGUCGGUGGUGUCUAUUGGACAUGUGGCUCAAGCAGGCGAGGAAGAUCAGCCUGAUCUCUCCACCAAGCCGCGCUGCCAGCGCUGCAGGAAAAGCAAGAAGGGUUGUGAUCGCCAACGACCUUGUGGCCGCUGCCGCGACGCUGGCCUCUCAGCAGACCAAUGCAUCAGCGAAGAUGAAGGCAACGGCCGGAAAGGCCGCUAUGGGCGCCACAUGGGAGUGCCACUGAAGAAGGACGAGAUUGCGCUUGCAUCCCAGCCCGCUCUUUUGCCCGCCGCGCCCAUUGCUGCCAAUACAAUGACCACUGACAAGGCUAAAAAGCGCAAGCGGUAG